GAAGAUGACAAAAAAUCUUUACAACUUAUGAUAUUCAAAGAGAACAAUUUCGAUUUUGUGUCUCGUGACACGCACGACAACAGUGUGAAACAAAAAAACGCACAAACAGGGCGGCAUAAAAAAAAAUAGAAAGCAAGUCCCUCAAAUACGCCAUUGCUGGACUUCAAAGUUUCAAGCAUUGUAAGUCUCGUUUGGUACGUUACAAGCACUUUGUUUAGAACUCUCCUACAGUUUUUUCUUAUGCAGACAAAUGAAACAAUACAAAAACUUCACAUCUAGCAAACAUUUGAUCCCAUCUCUUCUUAAUUCUGUAUAUUGUUCAUAUUUAGUAACCCAUCUUUUUCAUCACUAUUGUCUUGCAAAGUUCCCCAUUUGUUUCCUUAAUCAAAAUUAUGCUGAAAUACUGAAUCAUGGAUAUGAAAACACCAUUGUCGUUGGCUUUAGUUUUCGUAUCGGUUUUCGCGGUUUUCUGUUUCGAUCAUGCACUGUCUACCACAGUCACAUAUGACCAUAGGGCACUGGUUAUUGAUGGCAAGAGGAGGGUAUUGCAGUCUGGUUCAAUCCAUUAUCCCAGAAGCACCCCAGAGGUUUGGCCCGAACUUAUUCGGAAAUCAAAGGAAGGUGGAUUGGACGUGAUUGAGACUUACGUUUUCUGGAACUACCAUGAACCAGUCAGAGGAGAGUACUACUUUGAAGGUAGGUUUGACCUGGUGAAGUUUGUGAGAACAGUGCAGGAAGCUGGCCUUAUGGUUCACUUGAGGAUUGGUCCAUAUGCUUGUGCUGAAUGGAAUUAUGGUGGAUUCCCUCUUUGGUUACAUUUCAUUCCUGGGAUUCAAUUCCGAACUACUAAUGAUUUGUUCAAGAAAGAAAUGCUGCGUUUUCUCGCAAAAAUCGUAGGCCUAAUGAAGGAAGAGAAGCUUUUUGCAUCACAAGGAGGGCCUAUCAUUCUUGCUCAGGUUGAAAAUGAAUAUGAGCUUGUUGAAUGGGCAUAUGGGGUUGCAGGAGAAUUAUAUGUCAAUUGGGCUGCAGAAGCUGCUAUCAGUCUUAAUACAACAGUGCCUUGGGUGAUGUGUCGACAAGAAGAUGCGCCUGAUCCAAUCAUAAACACAUGCAAUGGGUUUUAUUGUGAUCAGUUCACUCCGAAUUCUCCAUCAAAACCAAAAAUGUGGACCGAGAACUACAGUGGAUGGUUUAAAUCAUUUGGAUAUCCAAUUCCUCAUCGACCGGUUGAGGACCUUGCUUUUGCCGUUGCACGUUUUUUCGAAAUGGGUGGAACAUUUCACAACUACUAUAUGUACUUUGGUGGAACCAAUUUCGGGCGAACAGCCGGAGGUCCUCUUGUGGCAACAAGCUAUGAUUAUGAUGCCCCAAUAGAUGAAUACGGUUUUAUCAGGCAGCCGAAAUGGGGACACCUACGCGAUUUGCACUUGGCGAUUAAGCACUGUGAGGAGUAUUUGAUCAGAUCUGAUCCAACUCACCAGCAGCUUGGUCACAAUCUAGAGGCACAUAUCUACUAUAAGUCCUCCAAUAAAUGUGCAGCAUUCCUUGCAAAUUAUGACAGCGAACUUGAUGCAAAUGUUACAUUUAAUGGAAACUUGUACUUCCUUCCGGCUUGGUCUGUAAGCAUCCUUCCAGACUGUAAGAAUGUCAUUUUUAACACUGCAAAGGUUGUGUCUCAGAGAAUUUUGGCUCAUACAACAACUGCUAAUAAGUUAAUAUUGUCAGCAACAUCAUGGAGCUGGUAUAUGGAAAAACCAGGUGUUUGGGGCAAUAACUCAUUUACGGAAUCGCUUUUGUUGGAGCAGAUUAAUACGACAAAAGACACUAGCGAUUACCUAUGGUACACAACAAGUAUAAAUAUCAUGCCUGUUCAAUCGAAAGAGGUCUUCCUGCUUAUCGAAAGUCUGGGACAUGCGGCACUUAUUUUUGUCAACAAAAGGCUUGUUGCUUUUGGAUAUGGUAAUCAUGAUGAUGCCAGCUUUUCAAUCAAUGAGAAAAUUAGUCUUGUUCAAGGGAACAAUACAUUGGAUAUUUUGAGCAUGAUGGUUGGUCUACAGAAUUUCGGUCCAUGGUUCGAUGUUCAAGGGGCAGGAAUCUUUUCAGUGGUUCUAAUUGAUCCAUGGAAUAACAAAUAUGAUGUUUCCGCUGAAGAAUGGACCUAUCAGGUGGGACUUGAGGGAGAAUACCUUGGACUAGAUAAAGUAAUUCAUGCAAAUAGUUCACUGUGGAUAAAGGGGAGUGUUCCACCUAUCAACAAGACAUUGAUUUGGUACAAGGUUUCUUUCCUUGCUCCUCAAGGCAACGGUCCUUUGGCCUUAAAUCUCACUAGUAUGGGGAAAGGUCAAGCUUGGGUCAAUGGACAGAGCAUAGGCAGAUACUGGCCGGCCUAUCUAUCAUCAUCCCAAGGUUGUACCGAGAACUGUGAUUACCGAGGAGAAUAUGAUUCCACAAAAUGUCAAAAGAAUUGUGGCCAACCUGCUCAAACAUUAUAUCACGUCCCACGCUCUUGGGUUCAUCCUGGUCAGAACCUAUUAGUACUUCAUGAAGAGCUUGGUGGUGACCCUACAAAGAUUUCAGUACUGACACGAAGCGGUCAAGAGAUUUGUUCAUUUGUAUCGGAGGAUGAUCCUCAGCCAGCUGAUUUUUGGAUACCGAACAUGGGCUUCGGGUCUCGAAGUCCCGAAGCUCAACUGACCUGUGAACAAGGUUGGCACAUUACUUCAAUCAACUUUGCUAGUUUUGGAUCUCCACAAGGAAAUUGUGGUGCGUUCAGUGUAGGGACUUGUCAUGCUAACAUUCUAUCAAUCGUUCAGAAGGCUUGUAUUGGUGAAGAGCAGUGCUCUGUACCUGUUUCCACCGCAAACCUUGGUGACCCUUGCCCUGGUGUGCUGAAAACCCUUGCCAUUGAAGCUAUAUGUAGUGACUAAAAUCCCAUACCAUCUUUUUUUUUUUUCAUAUUUAUAAGUUUUGGGCUGAACCAAAUGCAAUGGAUAACACAGAAACUAGUUGAUUAUAUCUUUUCUCAAGUGCGUGCCACUUCAAAGUAAUAAAAAGCUUUCAGAACAUAUCAGUUUUUGACUUUUGCAUGAUUUUUAUUUUGGUAAAAGAUUAAAUUAGGCCACAAGGACAUCAGGCAAAAUAAACUUCAUAUACAUGAUUCAUAAGUGUCUCAUUUUAUCAUAAAAUACAAACCAUUUCCCCUCUAGAAGACAAGGCCCUUACCAGCAAUCAUGGAACAAGUAGUAUCUUCCCGAUAUGUGCACUACUUUCCAUGAGCCGAUGAGCCUCCCCAGCCUCGGAUAAGGGAAAAGAUUUGUAAAUGAUAGGCUUCACCUUGCCUGCUGCAACUGCAGGCCAAACAUUCUUCUCCACUUCAGUGACAACCAUUGCUUU